AAAUGUGUCAAAGUCCCACCCUGUAGGUGUGAUCGCGUCGCCAGUCGUAUUAGUCAGAGAUCGGACGGCUACAUAAAGAGGCGCAACAUACAUGAUGACAGAAACUCGUCCCUCGCUCUACUGCUGCUGUCAAAAUAAAACUGACUGCGGUUGGUCCGGCGGAUGAUGAAUGAGGAGAGGUUUGAUAAUCCCAUUUAUAGCAGUGGUCCAAUGGGCCUCACCGAAGGAGACCGGGAAUCCUUACGGAAACCAUGCAACCGAACUCACCUCUCAGGUUCCGAAUGCUUAAGAAGACACUACAUACUACUGCUGUGUGUGGUAGUAGUGGGGUGUACUGUGGCUGUCAUAAGUCUGUUUGCCCAGAAAAACUAUCAAAUUGCACAGCGACAGCAGUCAAAUAUGGAACCCUCUGCGGCAGAGAGAGAAGAGAUGAAGUCUCUGAAAUCAGAGGACUACAGCGUUCUUCUAAAUAUGAUUUUAAAGCAGGAAGGGUGGAAGUAUAUCAACUCCAGUUUGUACUACAUGUCUACUGAGACCAAGUCCUGGGGUGAGAGCAGACCUUACUGCCAACGGAAGGGAUUGGACCUGGUGACCAUAAACAGCAAAGACGAAGAGGACUUUCUCCUUGACGUGGUCCGUGCAAAGAAAUUGGAUGUAGCCUGGAUUGGUUUUUCUCCCAACAACACAAAGGAGAUAUCUACACGGGUGAAGAGAGGUGUGGGGUCAGAAGAAGGUGCUCAGGAAGAGGACUGUGCUACGCUUACGGUAUAUGAGACACCUGCAGUGAAAGAACUAACCGGGGGACAAUGUGGGACAAAGAAAUACUGUAUUUGUGAAAAAUACCUGGAUGUCAAAUACAAUGUAAGCAAGAGAAACCGUUAACUGGUUCUUCUGAAAGGAUUCGACUUCUUUUUAAUGGAUGGAACAACUGCUAGCUUCAACUCUUCUUUUAAAUGGAGGGAACAACUGCUAGCUUCAACUCUUCUUUUAAAUGGAGGGAACAACUGCUAGCUUCAACUCUUCUUUUAAAUGGAGGGAACAACUGCUAGCUUCAACUCUUCUUUUAAAUGGAGGGAACAACUGCUAGCUUCAAUGUUUCUUUUAAAUGGAGGGAACAACUGCUAGCUUCAACUUCUUUUUAAUGGAGGGAACAACUGCUAGCUUCAAUUUUUCUUUUUAAUGGAGGGAACAACUGCUAGCUUCAAUUUUUCUUUUUAAAUGGAGGGAACAACUGCUAGCUUCAACGUUUCUUUUUUAAAUGGAGGGAACAACUGCAUUUUCCAAGAAGCAACUGUUAGUCAUUCCAGUUAGGUUGGUGAGGUUUUUUACCCUGAAAUACACAUCUGCAUCGUAUAUUAAGAAAAGUUAAAAGGGUAGUUUUCUGUGCUAGGAAACCCCCCCCCCCUGCAUUGUUCCAAUACGCAAAAGCACUUUCAGUCAAUAAGCUUUCCAUUUUAUCCAGACAGUUUUCAACUGAAGUCAAUGGGCAGAUGGAUUCAAUGGGCAGAUGGAUUCAAUGGGCAGAUGGAUUCAAUGGGCAGAUGGAUUCAAUGGGCAGAUGGAUUCAAUGGGCAGAUGGAUUCAAUGGGCAGAUGGAUUCAAUGGGCAGAUGGAUUCAAUGGGCAGAUGGAUUCAAUGGGCAGAUGGAUUCAAUGGGCAGAUGGAUUCAAUGGGCAGAUGGAUUAAAAACAUUUUUGUUUUAAAGUAAACAUAAAUAAAAACAACAUUUAGUAAAACAUUGUGUUUAGACGGGGGGCUGACAGAGCAGGGUAGGAACACACACCGUACACACACACACACACACACACACACACACCUUACACACACACACACACACCUUACACACACACACACACACACCUUACACAC